AAUAAAUUUGAAUACUUCUCAUAUAAUUAAUCUUGUAAUGCUAUCAAAAAACAACACCCUUGAAAAAUAGCAGAUAAAAUUCAUGGUUUAAUGCCUGAAGUGCCUUUGAACAAUAACAAUAUCAACAUAAUCAUAUAUAAUAAUAUGAAAUUGCUGCCAUAGUUACGAAAUUGAAUAGCAAUUGCAAUAAACUAAAUUACAAGACACGAGAAUUUCCCGCUUUCCGCGCCGCCGAGCAACGACUACAAUAAUCAAGAAGCAGAUGGCAAAAGCCAAGACCAAGACCCGACCGGGGACGGACAGCAGUUAGGAGUCUUUUUCCAGAGCGCGGGACCCGAAACGGGAGUAGAAAUAGGAAGAAUUGUGUUAAAUCAUUCACACUUCCGCUGCUGUUUUGUUUGUGCAAUCAAUUUAAUAUUAUUUGUGUUAUCCAAGACAACCGGAGCUGCUCAAGGUCCAAUUUCUUUUCCUUUUCCCUUAUCAUUUUCCCCUUUCCGCAUUCGCUUUCCCUUAAUGCAUACAACUCAUUCGUCCGGAACAUUACAUUUGUUUAACAUUUGAGUUAACGCAUCAUUGGGCCACCUACUACUCCACGGCCAUUACUUAUGUAUGGUCCUGGCAUCUCUCAAGCUCCAGCACCAGCUCCAACUUGGACUGAGACUCAGUCUUGUGUAGACUCGCACUUAGAGCCCAUCUGUUGGCUGAGACAAAACAGCAUUUAAAUCAUUAUUUCCAGCCAGACGUGGCAGAGGUCCCGACCUACCUACACCUACAUAUACCUAAGUAUAUCUAUACUACACGUACACCUUGCCUGGCCAUGGAGAAUCCUUUCAAUUCAACCAGCGCAUGUCCUGCAUUUGUAAGUUGACUCGGAGGGCGUGUUGGUCCGUCUGCUUAUAUUCCUGGAUGCCCGACUGGCUGGCUGGUUGGCCAUAUGUACUCCUUUUACGCCCCACUAAACACCCGCAUAAAUAAAUUUCGUUAAUGCCAAAUAGUCUGGGGCGUAAAAGAAAGAUGAGGUAACACAAGCAGCCACAACAAAAAGGAAACCGGGCAAGCGGCAGAAGCAUUUGGCCAAAUGGAAUGCCCAACCAUAAGCUUAUACAACGACACAUACGAGUAUCCAGGUUCUGGGAAACCUUUUCGCUUUGAAAUCACCCCGCUUUGGGAAAGCAAGAAUUUAGAUUCGAGUGUGGAUUCAUAGAGAAGUUAAAAUAAUGAUAUCUCACUUAGGUUGAAAUCUUAUUGUUUAGAAGAGUACGUCCAUAGAUAAUCUAUGAUAAUCGUUAUACGAGAAAUCAGUUGGAUUCCCGGUAGAUCUGUUAAUAGUAGCUCUAUCGAUUAGAAUUCAAAUUUUCCAAAGAAAACUUUUUACUUACAUAAAGGGUUAAUUGAUUCAAUCCCUAACCCAUUCUCAUUUCCCACAUUACGGCGUUUUUCUUGGUAGUUUUGCAGAGAAUUGUCAUAGGUUGGAACACAAUGGUUGGGCAACAAAUGCCAAGAGGGCGCCCACAUAGCCCCAGCCAACCGAAAACUUACACAAACAUAUCAAAACAGAACGCGGCACAGAAACGUUGGCCAUAAACUGGGACUGGGACAUGGGACUUAGGACCCAGAGAACGUUAGAAGAUAGAACCUAGUACAUGACCCCAGCUCGGUGGACGCUUUGUGGGAGAAUAUUUAAAAGUGGCCACGUUGUUGAGUAAGGUCUGCACCACAUUUUCUGCUUUUAGUUGUGUUAGAUUAUCCCUGAAAGCUUACCGCGUGCAAGCGCAAUUUGAAAAUAUGUUAACCAUGCGAUUUUGCGCGCCAAAGAACCCACUGGGAGAAGAAGAUAUCGCUGCAGCUCGUGUCAAGACGUAUAAGCAGUAUUAACAACAGCCACAACGAUAACGAACAUUGCCGGGGCCCAAGAGCCCCACGCGCAGGAUAAAUUUGCACAGGCUUCAGCUUCAGCUCCAAGCAGCCAGACAGCCGAUGUGACCCAGUUAAGGGAUAUUUAGCUGGCCAAGGAGACACCAAUCCCAACCAAGCCAAGGAAACGGGAAUCGCAAGUCGCGAAUCGCGGAACGCGGAACGUAGAGCGUUCCCGGACACAGCGUGUCACGGAGCAAGGAUUAUCAAUUUGCUUGGCAUUUUAAUGGAGUUGGCCACGAUGCGACGCGGCCUGAUCCUCGUCUUGGCGAUGGCUAUGGCGUUGCUCGUCUGUUUGCCGGCUGCCAGCGGGGAGGGGCCUGAGCCUGGGCCAACAUCAAUAUUAAAGAGCAGCGGGAUAAAUGGCCAGACAUUUCAAAGAACUCAAUCAAAGCGCGAGGCGACAGCUAAGGCAUCGCCGGCAUUAAUUUCGGCGACAACGCAAAUGACCCAGGCAAAUGGGGGGAGUCCAACAGCGAUUGGGAAUACAAUAGGUGCAGCUUUGGAUGCAGCUUUGGAUGCAGCUCCUCCUGCCACCAACGAUGUCAUCAUUAAUAACAUUAACAACAAUGGACCGAAGCAGGCCACAGCCGCAGCCGCAGCCGCUGCCGCUGCCACAAUGGCCACUGUGACCGCUGCCCUGGAGGCGAAUCUUAUUAUGAGCAAUCGGAAUAUCCAGCAGCAGCAAUUGCCGGAGCACAACUAUAGAAUCACACACGGAGACAACAAUGCCACGUCCAUAUUCACAUCCAUGGCUGCGGCUGCCACAGUAGUAGGAAUGUCUGCGAAUGCAUCUGCCACCGCAAUAACAGAGCCAGCAACGACAGCCCCAACGACAACGACGACAACGAGGAGAACAACACGCAGGCCAGUGGCAACAACAACGCUAAGGCCGCCACCAACAAUAGAUGAUUACCAGACAAUAAUUAGCCAGGCCGGGACCCAUGCCUAUCUGCCAUGCAACGUCAAACAGCUGGUGAAGAAGCCCAUCUCCUGGCUACGCAUGCGGGACGGCCACAUACUUACGGUGGAUCAGACUACGUUCAUUGCGGAUCAGCGGUUCCAGUCGGUCUUCUCACCGAAUCCGGAGAGGUGGUCUUUGCAGAUCAAGUAUGUUCAGGUCAAGGAUGAGGGCACAUACGAAUGUCAGGUGUCCACGGAGCCCAAAGCCAGUGCUAUUGUUCAUCUAAGGAUUGUGGAGCCGAAAACCGAAUUAAUUGGCGAGUCGACGCGCCAUGUGAAGGCCGGAAGUCAAGUGAAAUUGCGUUGCAUAAUUAGCCAGGCACUGGAGCCGCCGCUUUUCAUUAAUUGGUUUUACAAUCAGAAGCAAAUCUAUUUGCAUAAUCGUCGCGGUUGGCGUACGGAAAUUGAACGGAUCGAUCUGCCACCGGAAGUGGCAACCACCACAACAACAACGACAACGACAACCACUACAACGACUACGGCUCAAACGACGACAACAACCAUGGCAGCAGCAGCAACAGGAGCCGCCACAUCAUCGGAGUCGGCUAAUGGUUUGGGUACCAUAACCCGCUCAUAUAUAUUAGAUGCCAUAUCCCUGAAUGAUGUGGCUGGAGUUGGAGUCGGAGUCGGAGUCGGAACCGGGACUGGAGCUGUCAGUGAAAUGACAACGGCUCCGGCAGUGGCUGAUGGAGGAUUCGAUAUUGCAACAUCUUUGACUGCUGGUGCUGGGGCUGCCACACCCACAACAGCAGCCUCCGUGCUCACCUUGGUAUCCACAGGAACCACACAAGAUGGUGUUGCAUCCACAGCAGAUACCACAGCAACAACAACCACUUGGCUGCCAAACACAGAGACGGCAACGGCAGCAGAAGAGGCAGCAGCAACAACGGUGAUGACUACAACAAUGCUGCCAAGCAGCAGUUUCAUUAAACAGAUAACGACGGCAUCUCUCAUCAUUCCGGCGGUGGUGAAGCUGGAUUCCGGCAACUACACUUGCAGCCCCUCAAACAGUGCGCCCCGCACCAUUGUGCUCCAUGUGCUAAACGGUGAAUAUUCCGCCUCGGCCAUUAAGUCGGGGAGCGUCAGCUGGAGAGUGCUAAUUGGAUGUCGGGGCUAUUUGCACUGGCGGAAUGUUUCAACGCUUCUGACACUUUUGUGGAUUAUUAAAUUUGUGCUGGCCAUGGAAAUCUGCCAGUUGAGAGCCAACAAAGCCACCGCAACACCCAUCAUCAGCUGCCUCCGGAGCAGCAGUGAGCGGACUCUGGGUACGAACAUGGACCAGGUCUGCCGCUCAAUCAGCGGCACAAAAGUGGCCGAGGACAAGACCUGAGUCGCGGGUGCUACUCACCUCGAAUUUUAUGCUAUAAAUGAGGCUAUGAAUUAAGAUUUUAUUCGAUGUAUUAUCCCCAGAAAAAGACAAAAAGACAAAAGACAGACAUUCAUCCCGAAAUGCAUUGCAUACCAAAUAGCUCCAUGAAUUAUAUGAAUACAUAUACAAUUAAUAAUUGUUUGCCGUGUGAAUGUAAAUGAAUGUUUAAGAUCAAUAUUUCUGGUGCCAGGCAUAUCGUAUAUUUCGAUUUAAAAUUUGCAAGAAUUGUGUAAAUAGCAGGCACAGUGUAAAACCCAUAAAUAAAUUAAGAAUAUUUUACUAAAUUUUUAUCAAUUGGAAUCCGACAUGGUUGUAAAAUAUUUCAGUUAAAAGAAACCAAUAAAUACUUAACAAAAAAAGAAAAAACUAUAAGCAAGAAUAAUAUAAACCAAUGGAACUGCUCUAGAACGAAAAUACGAUAUAUACAAAUUAAGAAUUUCAUUCAUAAAUAAAUUAAAAUUAACCUUAUAUAAGAUAUUGCCUAUAAUUGAAUUAAAAUAAAUAUUUUUCUUUACUUUACCAUUUCAAUGAGUUUCCUUGAACUAUAAAUUGUAAAUAUGUAUGUAUAACUUUGGAUAUAUUAUAAAAACCUGAUUUCCCAAGACUAAACAUUAAAACAAAAAAAAACAAAACAAAAAUGAUAAAUAACUAUGUAAAUAGGCGAGUGGUACUCGUACUGCUGUUCGUUGAAAGAGCCCCCGCAUUCAUCAUUAAACUACAUGCAUAUACAUAUGUAUAACCGAAGAAAGCCAAAAGAAAACUAAAUGUACACAUUAGUUAGUAUAUAAAAGACUUACUACAAUUUUAGACGCAGCAAAACCGAAAAGAAUAAAACCAAAACUUAAUCAACAAAAUAAACAGAAUUGUAUGGAGUUUUCUGCAACGUUGCGUAUACUUGAUGUACAGCAUCACAAAUUUGAAAUGAAACGCCAAGGCAAACGCAAACGCAAAUGCAAAAUUUAAUUGAAAUUGCGAUGGUAAAUCAAUUGAAAUGAAAUCAAAUGAAGUGUUUGCAAUAAUUCUUAAGCCAUUACAAAUAAGUGAGAUGCAAAAAUAAAUAAAAUACAAUUUCUUCA